CAGUGAAAGCGAGUGAAUGACAGAUUGGCUGGUGCUGUUUUCUAGGACUUCGAACGGAUGCAAAAUAUUUUAUUUGAUUGAACCUGAACUUAAAGAUGUGCAUUACAUAUAUAAGAAGGGUAAAAAGCUGAAGCAGGCGCAGAUGUUAUGUUGUAGUCCCGCCCACCCCGGAAAAGUCCAAAUGAAGAUAUUUUUGUUUUUAAGGUGACGUGGAUUCGUCUGUAGUGCUGCUGCUCGCCACCUUCCUCAGUUUCUUCGCUUAAAAACAAAGAUCGGAUUCUCCCUGCGCAUCCUUCCCAGCAAUGUCCAGAUAUGAUACUACACACACAUGCGCGCGUGUUGUUGACUGGAUUUUGAAAAGAAGGCAGCGAUUCUGAGGAAUCCGAGGAAAGCAUAUGAAACAGAACACAAAUCAAGAUUUCUUGAAGAAUAUCUCAGCUCUGUAGCUCCUCACAAUGCAAGUGAAUGAUGAUCAGACCUUUGUAACUCCAAAAAUCACAUAAAGGAAACAUAAAAGUAAUCCAUAAUACUCCAGUGUUUAAAUCCAUAUCUACAGAAGCGAUAUAAUAGGUGUUGUCAUGACAACGAGACUGGAAUGUUCAGGCCCGCGUGUCGCUGGUCGAUCCAUGAGUCUCUGUGUGCUGGUUCUAUGCUUGCUGCCUCACUUUGGAUGGGCAGUCAGUUACAAACAAGGAGAUCCAGUGAUCCUUUAUGUUAAUAAAGUUGGUCCAUAUCACAACCCCCAGGAAACCUAUCACUAUUACACUCUGCCAGUAUGUAGACCUAAAGAGGUCCGUCAUAAACCCUUGAGUCUGGGAGAGGUGUUGGAUGGAGAUCGUAUGGCAGAAUCUCUUUAUAACAUCCGCUUCGGGGAAAACGCUGAGCGACGGACACUGUGCAAGCUCACUCUCUCUGAGAAAGAGGUGGACCAGUUACGAGAGGCGGUUGAGGAGCUGUAUUACUUUGAGUUCGUCCUAGAUGACAUUCCCAUCUGGGGUUUCGUAGGAUACAUGGAAGAGAGUGGAUUCCUGCCUCAUAGCCACAAGGUGGGGUUGUGGACCCACUUGGACUUCAACAUAGAGUACAACGGUGACUCUGUGAUCUUUGCCAAUGUGUCUGUGAAGGACGUGAAACCAGUGCCAUUAGAGGAAGGUGGGGCAGGGGCAGGCCAUGGUGCUGUUGGUGGCAGUGGUGGAUUAUCGGUCACCCACACCUACAGUGUGCGCUGGUUUGAGACCUCGUUGCCCCACUCACGCCGGGCGGUACGCCUUAGAGACUAUUCCUUUUUUCCUAAGACUCUGGAGAUCCAUUGGCUGUCCAUCAUUAACUCUCUGGUGCUGGUGGUGCUUCUGCUGGGCUUCGUCAUCAUCAUUCUCAUGAGGGUGCUGAAGAAUGAUUUUGCCAGGUAUAAUGUGGAGGAGGAUGGGGGCUGUGAUGACCUAGAUCAGGGGGAUAAUGGCUGGAAAAUCAUCCACACAGAUGUAUUUCGCUUCCCACCAUAUAAGAGCCUGCUGUGUGCGAUAUUAGGGGUCGGUGCGCAGUUUUUGACUCUGGCCACAGGAAUCAUCAUCAUGGCACUUCUGGGAAUGUUUAAUGUCCAUCGUCAUGGUGCCAUAAACUCGGCAGCGAUUGUAUUGUACGCUCUGACCAGCUGUGUGUCAGGUUACUGUUCCUGCAGCUUCUACACACAGAUUCAGGGCCAGCGCUGGGUCUGGAACAUUAUCCUCACUUCUGUGCUAUUCUCUGCUCCUCUCUUUUUCACCUGGAGUGUGGUGAACUCUGUUCAUUGGUGGAGCGGAUCGACUCAAGCCCUGCCUGCCACUACGGUGCUUCUGUUGCUAGGAGCCUGGGUGCUGGUGGGCUUCCCCCUCACUGUCAUCGGUGGAAUCGUUGGAAAGAACAGAGUAGGCAACUUCCAGGCCCCGUGUCGCACGCGCAACAUACCCCGCCAGAUCCCCAAGCAGCCCUGGUACAAACAUACGGCCGUGCACAUGGCCAUCGGAGGGUUCCUGCCGUUCAGUGCCAUCUCAGUAGAACUUUACUACAUCUUUGCCACCGUGUGGGGUCGUGAGCACUACACUCUCUAUGGCAUCCUGCUGUGUGUCUUUGCCAUCCUGCUCUCCGUGGGCGCCUGCAUCUCUGUGGCCCUCACCUACUUCCUGCUCUCAGGCGAGGACUAUCGCUGGUGGUGGCGAAGUGUUCUGAGCACCGGCUCCACCGGCAUCUUUAUAAUGGUUUACUCUGUCUUCUACUACCACAAUCGCUCUAACAUGAGCGGCCUUGUACAGAGCGUGGAAUUCUUCGGAUAUUCCUUGCUUACCGCGUUUGUUUUCUCACUCAUGAUGGGAACGGUCUCCUUCUGGGCUUCUCUGGCUUUUAUCUGUUAUAUCUACCGUAGCCUUAAGAUGGACUAAUGGGUGGAAGCUGAUCACUUCCUCUCAACUGCCCCAAAUGGGAAAGAUCAAGAGACUCAUGGACCAAGUACUCACGGAGCCCUGCAUGUGCAGGUUUUGUGAUGACUUAUAUUAAACUAUCAAACUGUUUCUGAUGCCAAUUUAAAGGGCGAGUUCACCCAGAAUGAUAAUUCUGUCAUAAUUUACUCACCAUAUGUUGUUCCAACCCAUAUGGCUUGCUUUCUUGCAUAGAGCACAAAAGAAGACACUUCCAAUGUCUCUUUUUCAUACAGUACAAUAAAAGUGGAUGAGGAACAGUGGCUUGGAAUUCUGCUGGGAACUACCUUUGUAUGUUACAAUAGAAAGUUAUACAGGUUUAGAAUGACAUGAGGGUGAGUAAAUGAUGACAGCAUUUUCAUAGUUGAGUGCACUAUCCCUUUAAUAGGGAACAGGGAACAGUGACUGACAAAAGACUAAUUUAAUAUUUUAUUUUCCUCACCAUCACCCUAAUACUUAAAAUGCACACAUAUAUAUAGUUGCCAGAUAAAAUACCUGAGUAUUUGAGACUCAUAUGAAUGGAUUUCCUGAGCUGGAAACCAUUGCAUUCUUUAAAUAUGUUGCCUACAAUGUAUCCAAGCCCAAAAAGACUUGGAUCUUCUUAGAUUUUGUUCAAGAAUAUUGUGAAUCCAAAAACGAUUACAUGUAAAAUUCAAAUAUUUAGGGUAGAGGUAGAUGAUAUAUCAGUUUUACCGAUUAAUCGGUGCUGAUAGUUGCUUUUUGGAACUAUCAUUAUCUGCAAAAAUCUAUGACGAUAGUUGCUGAUAGUUUUUUCGUCAUUUCAAAAUAAGAGUCACCGGUGUGUUUCAGGCUUGUUUAUACUUAAGUCCCGCGUUAUGCACCAAAUUUAACCAAAUCAAAACAAUAAACCGUAUCUGGGAUUUUA